AUGGGUUGUAGGAACUUAGCCUGUUACAGUAUCAAGACAUUAAUAACGCCAAAGUUACGCGGUGCUUUCGAGGUUCGAGGCUCUUUGUCUGCAAUGGGUGGUGACUGGCUCUCGGUAAAUAUUAUUAAUGAGCUAUCUGCCCAGCAUAAGAUUCCGAUAGGCGAUCUUAUCCUUUCCACCACCUUAUUUGCUCUCACCAACGCUGAUGGCAAUCCUGCUGACGUUCAAGCGUCUAUAUUAAGGUAUGAUAAUGACUUGAGACCCGACGGCAGCUACAACUAUGCAUACGAAACAUCGAAUGGGAUUCAGGCUGAGGAGAGCGGCGUUGGCAGUUCCUAUGCAUCCGGCUCUUAUUCAUACAUCUCACCUGAAGGACAACCCAUACAAUUAUCCUAUACAGCCAAUGAAAAUGGAUACCAGCCCAAGGGUGAUCAUUUGCCAACGCCACCACCAAUUCCAGAUUACAUCCUUAAAGCAUUAGCUUACAUCGAAGCACAUCCAUUUGAAAAAAUCCAGCUGAAAAAGAGAAAGUAA